UUUUUUUCCUUAAGAAAAAGUCGAUAUGUCGUUCACUACGCGAGGCAUCUAUCAAUAAUUCUCACUCACAAUCAGCGUUUUACUAUAUAGAGUUCAUUACUCUUUUUAGCAAUCAAAUAAUAUUUUAAACUUUGUUUUAUUUAAUUGGAUUACAAAAAAUCCAAUUAAUACAAUACAAUGAUCAUUUUUUUAGAUUAGAGUACUUAUAAUAUGACAACCAUUGAAACUGAAGUACCCCAACUUAAAGGAGGCCAUCCACCAGCCGAAAAAAUUUCUGGUGGAAUCCGAAUUGCGCGCAAAGAGCGUAAUCUAUCCGAUGAGAAGGAAAUGUCUGCAGAGAAGUCUGGUUCUCCAACCGAAUCUAAUGCUUCGGAAGAGUCACGUCUUUCUGAUGAAGCUAACAAACGCCAAGCUACCAAUACCAAUCGUGACUUUCCACCUGAGGCUAUCCGUGCUUUCCACGAGAAGCCGCAUCCCUCUCAUGAAAUACACGCUUCGAAUCGCGGCAAUACUGCCAAAAUGCAAUGUCACCGUCAAUUCCAGCCUCGCAAACAAUAA